AUGGCCAUUCCAACUACGGUCACCGCUGCGCCGGAUUUGCUUUACAUUUUGAUAGGCCUCGCUGUUGGAAUUGUUUAUCCUGAAUUCUCAUUCUUCCACAAGACGAUUCGGAAAGAGCUCACGCUGCACCGAUUGGUGAUGAUAAUCGCCACCAAAAACUGCUCCGACAUCCAGCGCAACCAUUUCCUCAUAUUGAUGCACAAAAACAACUCCAAUGAUGAAGAUGAGGAGCAAGUUUUAGAACCCUUAUUCUCGGCAAGACGAUUGAAGUAUCCUUUCACCAAGUCAUCACCAGUUGGUGUGGUGUCAAAGGGCGAGUUUCUUUCUUGUCUUGCCGAAAAAAAAAACUUGCUUUGCAUUCUCCUUAGAGAAAGACUCUCCCGCGGCAAGGCGGUGUUGUCAAAUUCGGUGAGUAAGGUUGAUCCCUCUGCCAAUGGCGGCAAUAGUUUCCAUCAGUCGCU